AUGACUAUCCCUGCUGAAUCUUCAGUGCCUGCGAAGAGCACGUUUGAUCAGGUCCUUCUAAACGGAGCAACAGGCGUUGAACUCUCUGAGAUCCAGGAAAGCACUCACCAUGAUCAUGCCGAUCCCGAUACUUUAGGAUCUACAAGCAAGGACACUGCGUCAAGCCUGUCAGACUUGGAGGAACAUUACUCAGAACCCUCAAUAAAUCACUUCCCUGGCAGGUUCCCCGCUGAUGACUUCGGGCUCACUCCUGGAAAUGUUCAUCGAUUUUACCAUGAUUGGAAAAACAACGUUUGUGACACAACGAAUAUGAUUAAUGGUCUCUCAGCAUAUCAAGAGCUGCGACUUCCCCCGGUCUCUCCAUCACUCAAUGUCAAUAACUUUGCAACCACCUCCACUGUUUAUCCUAGACCUUCCGUUGCUUCAGACUGGAUUCUCCCUUACUUGAAUCGCACAGUCCUGGGAGGCACCAUUCUUCGGUUGGAACAAUAUCGACAUGGGACUUUUGGGUCUUCAAUAUCACCAAUCACUGGAAUCUCCCUAUCAACUGGAAACACGAUCUACGGUGAACAAUACAAUGAGUCAAGGAUCACAGGAAAACAGGAAAAAACCGAGGAGGAGGAAACAAACACACAAAGUUCUGACGUAAAUCUCCCUGCUGAAUCUUCAGUGUCUACGGAGAGCACGUUUAAUCAGGUCCUUCUAAACGGAGCAACAGGCGUUGAACUCUCUGAGAUCCAGGAAAGCACUCACCAUGAUCAUGCCGAUCCCGAUACUUUAGGAUCUACAAGCAAGGACACUGCGUCAAGCCUGUCAGACUUGGAGGAACAUUACUCAGAACCCUCAAUAAAUCACUUCCCUGGCAGGUUCCCCGCUGAUGACUUCGGGCUCACUUCUGGAAAUGUCCAUCGAUUUUACUACGAUUGGAAAAACAACGUUUGUGACACAACGAAUAUGAUUAAUGGUCUCUCAGCAUAUCAAGAGCUGCGACUUCCCCCGGUCUCUCCAUCACUCAAUGUCAAUAACUUUGCAACCACCUCCACUGUUUAUCCUGAGUCUUCCGUUGCUUCGGACCUUGUCCUCCCUAACCUGAAUGUGUGA